UGUGUCACAUCUCCCUCGGGUCUCUUUUUCAAGGCUUGUCUCUCUUUCUCUUUGGGGCGGAAAAAUAUACAGUUUUCUUCAGAUGUUGCAACAGAACAGCACAGUUCCCGAGAGGGCUCUGGGAAGUGGAUCAGCACUUCUAUAGAGCUGGAAGCAAUCCACGAGCACUGACUUCAGAGGAUUCAGAAUGAGUCAUCACAAAAGCUUUGGAAGUACUCAGCUGGACAAGACUCCAAGGAAAACUUUAUUUAGUGGGGCUGCAGACAAUUUUCACAAUUUAAGAGUUGCUAGGAGUGAGGUGUGUUUCAUUUGAUGUCUGAAGGGUCCUUACGCCUCAUCGCUGAACAAUGGGGGAGUCUGGAAUACAGAUGUGUGCUUUGAAACCUUUAUUAUGAAUCAUGGAGGAAAACGGUUCAUCUGCGACCCCUGACCACAAUGACAGCACCACCGCUUGGGCACCGAUGCCCUCAGCUCCCAGCCGACACCUGGGCACUCUCCCCAACCACCAGACACGCUUUAAGGACUUGAGCGGGAUAUUUUUCAUGGUGACCAUGAAUGUUCUGGCACUUCUGGCCAACACCGCUGUUCUGGUCGUUGUCAUAAAAGCACCUCAUCUCAGGAAAUUUGCCUUUGUUUGUCACCUGUGUGCAGUGGACCUGCUGUGUGCCAUCUUGCUCAUGCCUCUGGGGAUCGUGUCGAGCUCUCCGUACUUUGCUGGUGUGGUGUUCACUGUGCUGGAGUGUCAGGUGUAUGUAUUCCUCAACGUAGUCCUCAUAGCCGCUUCCAUCCUCACCAUCACGGCCAUCAGCGUUGAGCGUUACUACUACAUUGUCCACCCGAUGCGCUACGAGGUGAAGAUGACGCUGAAGCUGACCGCGGCCGUCAUGGUGAUGGUGUGGGUGGCCUCUGCCGUGCUGGGCUUGUCCACUGUGUUUGGGUGGCCGUCCUACGGCAGCCUGAGCACCAUCAGUGCCGCACACUGCUCACUGUAUUGGAGCAACACUGAACACAGGCGGGUCUUCUCUGUGCUCUUCAGUGUCACCUGCUUCUGUCUGCCCGCUGCUGUGAUUUUUGCUGUCUACUGUAACGUAUACAAGGUGGCCCGCGUUGCUGCCCGCCAGCAUGGCCCUCUGCCCUCGUGGACGAAUAAUCAACUGAAGCUUCGCUCCGACUCGAUAAACAGCCAGACUACAAUUAUCACAACCCGCAACGCCCCACGCAGGAUUAUGCGCGAUCGGCCUUUUGGUGGUGGAAAAGCCGCUCUCACUCUGGUGCUCAUCGUUGGCCAGUUCCUGAUCUGUUGGCUGCCUUACUUUGCCUUCCAACUCCAUCUGACACUACAUGCAACACCCACGGUCCCCGUGGACCUGGAGGAAGUGGUCACCUGGAUGGCCUACUCCUCCUUCGCUAUUAACCCCUUCUUUUACGGGCUUCUUAACCGUCAGAUCAGGGAGGAGCUUUGUAAGCUGAGGCGAUGCUACUCGGCCCGGCCCGCGGAGCUGGCUAUCUCCAGCCACGAGGGCUCGGGCCACGAGAACUUCCUACAGUUCCUCCACAGGACCAGCUGCACGUUGGAGACAGGAGCAAGCUUUGCCACACCUAGUCCUAGAAGCACCCUGGAUCAGAGUGGGCAGGCAGGCUUCAGGAUACCGGGACAGAUCCCAGAGGAGUUCGGUUAGAGACGUACCUCACUGUUGUGCCACAGGAUUAAUACUGUGCUAAAAAAAGAUAAAAUACAGCAUCAAGAAAUGAACACAUGUUUCGUCUCUGAAACUUGACAGACUUUUAUCCUUUUUUUUAUCACUCAAGAAGAAAUACAAAUGUUUUGUUGUUAUUGUUUUUGUGGUAAACCUAGAAAUUAUGCAAUGACUUAUUUAUAAGGAGCACUUAUAUCCAGUUAAUGGAUCUGACUACUAUGUCGCAAAUGAUGGAUUUACAAUCUACCAAGGAUGAGAGUGAGCAGUAAUUCACUCUUAUAACAAAAAGAAAUUGAGGACAUUUUUGGGGUUUUUAUAUGACGUACAAAUAUACCAGCAAUAUUCUUUAUACAAGCACAUAUUAAUUCAGUGCUGUCAUGUUGUAUUUAUGUCACAGACAUUUUUAAACUUUAUUUAUUGUACUCAAAGAAGAGUCGCAUCACUUUUGUUCAAGAAUAUGUUGUUUCAUAUUGAUUUGAUUGUGCAAAUAAACACUGGUUACU